AUGAGUUUGACGAGAUGUUGGCGGUUAUGGCCGACUGCAGACAAAACAGUUUUACCCUGUAGAUGGCUGUAUGCUUCACUUCACACUAGCUCCAUCUGCAAAAAGUCGCAUAAGAAACUUCAGUACUCUAUUGGAAACACAAUAGAGAUUUUAGGUAAAUCUUAUGAAACAGACCACCUCACGAACACCACACCAGCCAUACUUAAGAAAGUUGGGACAAAUCUCCACAAUACGCCAGGCCAUCCUUUAAAUCACAUAUGCAGACGUAUUGAGACAUAUUUUAAUUCUGCUUAUGUACGUAGAGGAAAUCCCAGAUUUUCUGUCUACAACAGGUUGAGCCCUGUUGUAACACACGAACAAAACUUUGACAGUUUAUUGGUGCCUGCGAACCAUGUCAGCCGCUCGCCACAAGACUCUUACUACAUCAAUUCUGAAUACAUGCUCCGAGCACACACGUCUGCUCACCAGCGUGAUCUGGUACGUACUGGGCUCGAUGCUUUCAUGGUCAUCGGGGAUGUCUACAGACGAGAUGCGAUUGACUCCACUCAUUAUCCAGUGUUUCAUCAGCUAGAAGCAGUGCAACUGUUUUCUGACUUUGAGCUUUUCUCUGACAUGCCAAACCCAGAAUCCAUGUCACUGUUUGAGCCAGGAGUUAGAGAUGACAACAAACAAGAAAGGCACACUUUGCAAACAGCCCUACUCCUAGAGCAGACUCUGAAGUCUUGCCUCGAGGGACUCAUGAGAGCUCUGUUUGGGCAAGACCUGCAGAUGAGAUGGGUGGGAGCCUACUUCCCCUUUACCCACCCAUCCUGGGAGCUAGAGAUCUUCUACCAGGGUGAGUGGGUGGAGAUGCUAGGUUGUGGAGUCAUGGAGCAAAAGCUUGUCGAUUCUGCUGGAGCAACUGAUAAGGCAGGUUGGGCUUUUGGCCUUGGUCUGGAGAGACUGGCCAUGAAGCUGUACUCUAUACCAGAUAUCCGGCUUUUCUGGAGCACAGACUCUGGCUUCCUGACCCAGUUCAAGAACAAGAACUUUGAUGAACCGAUAACAUACAAGCCUGUGAGCAAGCAUCCACAAUGUGUCAAUGACAUCUCAUUCUGGAUCCCAGAAUCCUUCUCUUCUAACGACUUCUACGAUCUUGUGAGGUCUGUGGCAGGAGAUCUAGUCGAGCAGGUGACCCUUAUUGAUGAGUUUGUUCAUCCCAAAACUGGCCGAGGCAGCCAUUGUUACCGUUUAGUGUAUAGACACAUGGAGAAGGCCUUGACCCAAGAGGAGGUCAACAGCAUUCACCAACAGAUUGAAGCAAGCGCGGCGGAACAGCUUGAUGUUCAGAUCCGAUGA